UGGCUGUUUGGGAAGCUGUGUGUGGGUGUUGACAUGUCAGUGUCACUUGGUCAGCUGAUUGCGGGUCGUAAAGCCUCUUGGCUAGCCAGUUUAGUUAGCCUAGCUUAGCUGGAUGUUUGUUUUUGUCAACGUUACUACACGGGCGGCUGUCAACGCAGCGCAGACGUUUUAAACAUCUUAAAUAACUUGACGCAUUUGAAGUUCUUCCACGGUCGCCGUCUGCUCGUUUGGCGGCGUGAGGCGAAGCUGCCGUCGGUGUAGCCGUAGUAAUUAUUGCAGCAGGGAGGGAAGGAGUGAAGUUGCUCUCCGCGUCUCUGCAUUGCAGCCCGGCGCUGCUGAUGGAAUUCAAACACACAACAAUGGCGACUCCCAGCCCCAACAACCCAACAACACCUAGCAGCAACAACGCAGGGUCUGCGGCGCUCCUCCACCACCAGUCCCAGUCCCAGCACAUCACAACGAUGAGCAGCAUGCAGGAGUCCAACACCUGCUGGAGAUGUCAGAGUGAAACAGGGUUUCAGAUAAACCUGUCUGGAGCUCCCCCAAGUAAACGCAAAGCUCUGAAGCUGAACUUUGCGAACCCUCCGAUCAAACCCACGACUAGAUUCACGCUGAACACGGCCGGGCCGCCCUUUCAGAACCCGCACAUAGAGAGGCUGCGAACGCACAGCAUCGAGUCAUCGGGGAAGCUGAAGAUCUCCCCGGAGCAGCACUGGGACUUCACGGCCGAAGAUCUCAAAGACCUGGGCGAGAUCGGACGGGGGGCUUACGGCUCCGUCAACAAGAUGGUGCACAAGCCGAGUAACCAAAUCAUGGCCGUCAAGAGAAUCCGUUCUACCGUUGAUGAGAAGGAGCAGAAGCAGCUGCUGAUGGACCUGGACGUGGUCAUGAGGAGUAGUGAUUGUCCUUACAUCGUGCAGUUUUACGGUGCUCUGUUCAGAGAGGGCGACUGUUGGAUUUGUAUGGAACUUAUGGCUACCUCGUUUGACAAAUUUUACAAAUUUGUAUAUUGCUCACUAGACGACGUGAUUCCAGAGGAAAUAUUAGGAAAAAUAACAUUAGCUACUGUGAAGGCACUUAACCACUUAAAAGAAAACUUGAAAAUAAUACACCGAGACAUUAAACCGUCAAACAUCCUCCUGGACAGGAACGGCAACAUAAAGCUGUGCGACUUUGGCAUCAGCGGUCAGCUGGUGGACUCUAUCGCCAAAACCAGAGAUGCGGGCUGCAGACCAUACAUGGCGCCGGAGAGAAUAGACCCCAGUGCUUCCAGACAAGGUUACGACGUCCGCUCAGACGUCUGGAGCUUGGGAAUCACACUGUACGAGCUGGCCACAGGACGGUUUCCCUACCCGAAGUGGAACAGUGUGUUUGACCAGUUGACGCAGGUGGUGAGAGGAGACCCGCCGCAGCUCAGCAACUCGGAGGAGAGGCGCUUUUCCCCCAAAUUCAUCGCCUUUGUCAACGUGUGCCUUACAAAGGAUGAAUCAAAAAGGCCAAAGUACAAAGAGCUACUGAGAGACCCGUUCAUUCAGAUGUACGAGGAGCGCUCGGUCGACGUCGCCAGUUACGUCUGCAGGAUCAUGGAUCAGAUGCCUGCUUCUCCCAGCUCCCCCAUGUAUAUGGACUGAUAGCAGGACAAAGCACAUCACUGAAUAUACACCACUCUGCGACAACAAAAGACAACUAAAUAAUCAAAACGAAUCCUUGUGUAAAUUUGCUUGGUCCCCUUAUUGCCGUGUUAAAAGAGAAUUGUAAAGCCUGAAAAAAAAACAAGCACCACCUGCAGUAAACGUGGUGUUGAUUUCAGUCAUGUCUGUGUAGUAUAUUAACACACUUCUGUUUCUCUCUUGUUCACAGACGCACAGUCACUUAAGUAUAAUAGCAGCUGAAUCUAUCAAUCAUAAUGCAUCUCAGUGAUUAGUAACAGUGAUUUAAAAAGAAAAAAAAAAUAACCUGGAACUUGUAUUUAUAGAACCAGAAUCAUCUUUGAUUUGGAGACCUACUGGAAUCAUGCUCUUUGUGAAUUGUCCCACCUCUUCCAUGUACGUGAAUGAAAGCAUUGUGUUUGGUAUCUUAAUGGAAGUGUGCUUCUCUGGGUAUAAAGCCAAGUGUAGGUCGUCAAGAGUCAUUACCUGCAGUGCAGUCAGCUCUCACUGCAGUGGACUCUAUGCUGAUGUAUGAAUAAAGAGAGAGAAAGAGAAGAGAAAA